ACAGGCAGGGUAAAAGUUACACAGCUCCCGGAUUAUCAUACAAAAUUAUUCCGAACCAUGGUAAUCUGUGAGAUAGAGUUCUGCAAUAAUUCCCGGGGAAUUUUUUAUGCAGGCCAGCUGAUUUCUGGACAGGUGGUUAUUAAAACCGACAAGGAAGAGCCAGUGAAAGCUGUAAUUCUUCAUAUCAAGGGAUAUGCCGAAACCCACUGGGCCGAUACAGAACACGAUCCGGAGGAUCAGUCGAACGGUGAAUCAUUUAAUGGACAUGUGGACUACUUGGCCACCAGGGCUUAUCUGCACGGGUCUAGUUCCAGCAUAGAGGUGCUUAUUGAGCCCGGCACCAGCACGUAUAGAUUCGCCUGUCAGUUGCCCAUCACAUGUCCCUCUUCUUUCGAGGGGACACUAGGUCAGAUACGUUAUCUGGUGAAUGUGAGGUUCGUGCGUCCGUGGAAGUACGAUCUGAAUUUUAAUCGAUGUUUCACUGUAAUCAAAGUGAUGGACCUGAACUCCGAAAGUCUGAUGCUGAGAGUACCCAGCCAAGUGGAGUCCCAGCGCACUUUCUGCUGUUUUCCCUGCCGCUCGUCGCCACUCAGUAUGCGACUUUCUGUUCCACAAGGUGGCUUUGUGCCAGGACAGACCGUACCGGUGGAGGUGGUUGUUUCCAAUGACAGUGGGGUAGCCGUGGAGGACAUAACCGUGAAAUUGACUAUGGUGGUGAUUUACUACAGUCAACCCCCGUCCGCGGACACCAACAAGGAUCGUUUCGAGAUGGUCUUGAAAACCGGCGGGGGCGUGUCGACCAAAUGCCGGAAGCAACUUAACUUCGAUCUUAAGGUGCCGGCAACGCCGCCUACCUGCUUUAAUCUAUGUAGCAUCAUUCAGAUCGGCUAUCAGGUGGAGGCGGAGGCCAGGGUCAAAGGUUGCCAUGGCGGCCAAUCCCUUCACAUGCCCAUAACUAUUGGAAGUGUCCCGCUAACGAAGCAACUCCAAAAAGAACCAAUGACUUGGGGCGAAGUCCUGCCACCCCAGCAGCUUGAUGCCAAGGCAUUGAUUUUAAUUGGCAGCGAACAGCUAGGAGAACCACUUGGGAUCCCAAAUCCAUGGGCUGCGGAUCCUUCUAUUGCUCAGCCGACCUAUGCCGCGGCUAAACACAUCUCCCUCGAUCCGCAGAAGUUUUCGAAAUCUAAGAAAAAGUCUCAGAAAAGAAGCAUCAACGUUAAAGGAUCACAAGAGAAGAAACAUGACGCAAUUGUGUUUUUACCCUUGUACGGAGUCUUUGAUUUGUCAAAUCAAGUGGAAGAACUGACUUUGAGAACAAAUGAACUCAAGACUGACGGAGGCUAUGUCAAUGACGAAGUGGAAAAGAGCACUUGGCUUUAAAAAGAUGGAAAAUGAAUAUUCCCACUGUGUAAACAAUUUAUAAGUAAUCAAAAUACAACAUAACAAUAGGUAGACCUCAUUACCCUGUAGUUUAACUAAAACUGCGGUAACUGUUUUAACCGGCGUGAAUAAUAUUUGCCGAGUUGCGCGAUAUCUUAUCCAUGACAAAAUAUACAUAUUUAUUUUAAUGAAAUUGCUCUUCUCAGAUGCCCGAGUUUCAACUCAUUUGGGGAAUUUCUUUUUAAGCCAGAAAUUUUACUAUCAGCUGCUUUCGCUGUUGGACCUGAUAACUCGGCUCACAUGUUAGCUGGUUACGAAUCAUCCA